AUGAAUCCUCAUUUUUGUGAAGCAGUUGACAACAUGACAUCAAUUUCCAGCAAAGCAAGUGAUGUAGAUAACACCUUUGAUUCCACUGAUUCAGAAAACCACUUUAAUCCUGAAUCAAGUGACGAAAGCAAUUCUUUGAGUGAAAGCGAUUCUUUGAGUCGAGCUUUGAGUGACAAGAAAAGGUAUAAAUCAGCGGGUAAAAAGCGGACCCUAAGUACAUCAUCUCAAGGGCAAAGUGCUGGUGAGUCUGAGACUAACACAGACAAAAGUGAGAAAAAAAGCCCUACAAAAAAGACAAAAAUUAGAGUACAUCCCAAGAAAUUAUUUUCAAAGCCAAGAUCGCAAAGCGAAGCCACAGUACAAGUAGCAAAAAGCAUUGAAUCAAGUACUAAAGAGCAAGAGAAAAAUAGAGAUGAGCAAUUAAAGAUUUUAUUAGAAGCAGAAAGAAAGAGGGAUGAACUAUUUUAUGCACACCAAAGGGAACAAGCAGAGGCAAACAGGAGACAUGAGAUGCUUUUGGCUCAACUACUUACAAGAGGAUCAUCAACUUCAUAUCAAACCACAGGUCCAAAAUCAUCUUCAGAUGGCCCACUCUUUCAAUACUCCUUAAGUUAUGGUUAUAGCCUAGCAGCAACCUGA